ACGGCGGGACCUCGGCGGCCGGGAACCGGGCCCUCGCUGCUGACUAGAAGACCGCGAAUUGGGACGAGCCGGGACGGCGCUGCCAUGACCAUUUGCCAGUUUUUCCUUCAAGGCCGGUGCCGCUUCGGAGACCGCUGCUGGAACGAGCAUCCCGGCGCCCGGGGUGCGGGCGGAGGCCGGCAACCGCCACCGCCGCAGCAAGCGCCCUCAGGAAGUAACAGACGCGGGUGGAAUGCCAGCAGCCAGAGAUACUCCAAUGUCAUCCAGCCAUCCAGCUUCCCCAAGUCCACGCCAUGGGGUGGCAGCAGAGAUCAAGACAAACCUUUAUUUGGCUCUUUUGAAUCUGCCACUAGCAGAGGCUUUGGAUCAUCUCAAAACCCCUUUGCUUCACCUACCUCUGAUGAGCCGAAAGAUGAAAAGAAACUUCUGGAAGGAAUUGUUAAAGAUGUAGAGAUUUGGGAAUCGUCGGGGCAGUGGAUGUUUUCUGUUUACUCACCAGUGAAAAAGAAACCUAACAUUUCAGGUUUCACAGACAUUUCACCAGAAGAGCUGAGGCUUGAAUACCAUAACUUGUUAACCAGCAAUAACUUGCAGAGCUAUCUGAAUUCUGUUCAACAGCUAGUAAGUCAAUGGAGGAAUAGGAUAAAUGAACUGAAAAAUCUAAAUAUGUCAACCAAAGGAGUUCUGCUCUCUGAUGGGAAGGAUGGAGUCAGUCGGGUAGCACCUGCAUUUGGAUUUGGACAUAAACAAACAGGGACGUUGGGGUCGUCAGGUUUCCCAGUGAACAACAGCACCAGCACUAAUGCUCAGAGCUUCAGUUUUAAAGCAAGCCCUGCCUUUGCCGCUGCCCCUUCUGGAAGCACAUCCGUGUUUGGAAGUCACCCGGCCUUUGGGGCUGGGCCCUCUGCUGGUUCUGCCAUCUCGUCCUCCGCUCCAGCCUUUGGAUUCGGGAAACCUGAAGCCACACCUGCUGUUUCAUUUUCAUUCAAGAGCCCUGAAACUUCCAGUUUUGGAUCCCCUGGGUUUUCAGGCUUUCCAGCUUCCUUGGCAGCAAGCCCUUUUGGCUCCGCAGUGGCCCCUGCCUUUGGAAGUGGCGCUUCUGGGACUGGCUUUGGUAGUCCUGGCCCACAGUCUCAGACUGUAUUUGCCAAACCUCACGAUGUGUUUGGAGGUAGCAGCGCAUCUGCCUCCCUCCCAGUCUCUAGUGCCAAAGAUAAUGUGCUCUUCACACCCCGGGACCAGCUGACAAGAGAGGAGCUAGCACAGUUCCAAUCCCAGAGAUUCACCCUGGGGAAGAUCCCCCUCAAGCCCCCGCCCGUCGAGCUGCUGACUGUGUAAAGGUCAGGCUUCAACAGCCAGCAUGUGGUGCAUGCCGACAAUCUGCGAGGCCGACCAGAAGGAACGCUACAAAUUCACGGCACAACACCAGCCAGGCCCGUGCGAGACCCCCAGGAAAAGAGCGGAAUGGUUUUCAAGGAAAUGUUUUUGUAGUGCUGGGGAUACCCUGGGCCUCACACAUGCAAGGCGAGUUCUACCUGGGCCGCCCUCCAUCCCUAAAGAUGGCCUUUGAGGUUGUCUUGAAUGAGUAUAUAUAUAGAAUAUAUAUAAACAUGGAAUGUACACUUUCAGUAAUUUGCAGGCUUUUAAAGUUUAACUUUUUUUUAAACCUAGCUGAAUAAAGUACAGCCAGAAAAGUCAGGAAGCAAGGGGACUCUUUUGUGCUGUAAUUAUGAGUGGAACUAAACAUACAGCAUACUGAAUAAACGAAUUCUUUCACUCUGUU